UUCUUGAAUCUCAUGAAUAAAAUAUAUUAAGAAGAGUUUAAAGUACAAAAUAAAAAUCUAGAAACUUGGGAAAAAGAGAGUAAAAAAGGUACAAAGAACAAAGCAAAUUUGUGAGUGUGAGUUAGCUAUAGUUAAACUUGUUCAAUGAAGAAACAAGGUUGUGAAAUUGAAGCAAUAGGCAUCAACUACACAAUCUAUACACAAAAAAGAGAUACCCCUUUUAAUUUUUUUCGCAGAAACCAACAUCACAAGUGUUCUAGUGGAGUUCAAGAAUUGCAUGAAGUUAAAGAAUUGGAAAAGGGAAAUAAUCCAAAGGCUACAAGGCAUGUGCUUAAGGAUGUGAAAUGCAGAGCAAAAUCAGGUGAAAUUUUAGCCAUUGUUGGUCCAAGUGGUGCUGGAAAGUCUACUUUUUUAGAAGUUUUAGCAGGCAAGAUUGAGCCAGAAAGUGGGUCCAUUUUUGUGAACCAAAAACCAGUAGAUAAAGCAAGGUUCAAGAAGAUUUCAGGCUAUGUUACACAAAAGGACACUCUAUUUCCUCUAUUAACAGUUCAAGAAACUUUAAGUUUUAGUGCAAACCUUAGACUUAAACUUCCUGCUAAAGAAUUGAAUUCAAGGGUCAAGUGUUUGAUUCAAGAACUUGGCUUACAACAUGUUGCUGGUGCAAGGAUUGGUGAUGAUCGAAUUCGAGGGAUUUCAGGUGGUGAAAGGAGGAGAGUUUCCAUUGGAGUUGAACUAAUCCAUGACCCUAGAGUAUUGAUUCUUGAUGAGCCAACUUCAGGUCUUGACAGUACUUCAGCAUUGCAGAUCAUUGACAUGCUUAAAACCAUGGCUGUUACUCGUGGUAGAACGAUAAUUCUUAGUAUUCAUCAGCCAUGUUUCAGGAUCAUGAAGUUGUUCAAUUCCAUCCUACUUUUGGCUAAUGGUGCAAUCUUGCAUCAUGGAACCAUUGAACAACUUAGUUUAAGGUUGAUCCUAAUGGGAUUACAACUUCCCCUUCAUGUUAACAUCCUGGAAUUCGCCAUCGAAUCGAUCGAUAUAAUCCAGAAACAAAGCCACACAUUGCUGCCUCAAUCAACGCUCAUGAUAAAGAAUUCAGCAUUUGCAGGUAAGUCCACUCUGCAGCAACUUUUUCAAGAAUCUAAGCUAAUUGAUGAAGAGUCUAUGCCAAAGCCUAUCCAUAAUGAUUUCCCAAGUGGUUUUGCAAAUUCAAGAUUGCAAGAGAUUGUGAUUCUUACUAUAAGAUUUUGCAAAAUCAUAUACAGAACAAAGGAGCUUUUUGGUUGUAAGACACUACAAAUGUUAGUCUCAGGGCUUGUGUUAGGAUCGGUAUUUUACAAUCUUGAACAAAAUUUAGUUGGAGCACAAGCAAGGGUAGGCCUUUUUGCCUUCAUCUUGACAUAUUUAUUGUCAAGCACAACAGAAGCAUUACCAAUAUUCUUGCAAGAAAGGGAAAUACUAAUGAAAGAAACUUCUUGUGGGAGCUAUAGAGUUUCAUCAUAUGUCAUAGCAAACAGCCUUGUCUACUUGCCAUUUUUGCUCAUUCUCGCAUUGCUUUUUUCAACCCCAUUAUACUGGAUGGUUGGUUUGAAAAAGCAGUUUAUGGCAUUCAUGCACUUUUUGCUACUAAUUUGGCUGACUUUAUACACAGCAAACUCAGUUGUUGUUUGCUGUAGUGCCUUAGUACCAAAUUUCAUCAUUGGGAACUCAUUGGUUUGUGCUGUGAUGGGAUCAUGUGCUUUGUUCUCUGGAUACUUUGUUUCAAAAAAUGAGAUUCCAAAUUAUUGGAUUGGGAUGCAUUAUGUGUCACUUUUUAAGUACCCUUUUGAAGGGUUCUUGAUUAAUGAGUUUUCUGGUUCUGGAAAAUGCUUGCAAUACAUGUUUGGGAUGUGUUUGGCUAGUGGUGAACAAGUGCUUAAAGAAGAAGGAUAUGGUGGUGAAGGAAGUAGAAGGAAGAAUUUGCUCAUUAUGGUUUGUUUUAUCUUGCUUUACAGGUUCAUUUCUUAUGUAAUUCUUAGAGUUAGAUGUUCUCAAGGGGGAGGAUUGAAAAAGAUCCUCAUUUCAAGAUGAACACAUUUUAAGUCCACAAGUCACUUGUACAAAAUACACAAUGUUGUUUGUUGUAAUAUUGACUGCGCAUUUUGUUAAAGGGACUUGUAUAUAUAUAAAUAUCCUUUUCUAUUUUAAAAGGAAAAAUUACUA